GCUUUUGGCUCGUAUUCACGCUCUUCCGCUCAUUUCCAAGCCAGGUGCUUGACGACAAACCUCAGAGAGGGAGAGAGAGAGAGAGAGAGAGAGCGAGAGAGAGAGAGAGAGAGGGAGAGUGCGUCGCAGAAAAAAAAAUAACACUUUUACGACUCCUGCAAACUGACUGCGGAACAUUGCUUUCACCUUUGUGGAUUUCUUUACGUGUGUGCAUCUUACAUGUAUUUUUUUCUCCUGUAUUGCCUGCCGCAGGUCUGAAAGAGAGUUGUAACCGGACUUGAACGAACGCGCAUCAGUGUUUUAACUGGAAAAGCAAAAACCGGGCGCUGGAUUUUUAUUUUUUUUCUCUUUUAUUUUUGCUGUUUUCCAGCCAGACUCAGAACAUCUCAGACGUGGCAUGACUGGUAUCUGGCAUCUAGACAGGUGAAUAGUUUCCCUUCCUUCCGAAAAGAACUUUUCCUCGUCAUUAAACAUUGGGGAUAAAAAAAGUAUAGGCUACUUUUUUUUUUAAAGAUGUCAAAGCCUGCUGAUCAUAUCAAGAGACCCAUGAACGCGUUCAUGGUUUGGUCCCGGGGCCAGAGGAGAAAAAUGGCACAGGAGAAUCCCAAAAUGCACAACUCGGAGAUCAGCAAAAGACUGGGCGCCGAGUGGAAGCUGCUGUCCGAGUCUGAGAAGAGACCUUACAUCGACGAGGCCAAGAGGCUGCGCGCUCAGCACAUGAAGGAGCACCCCGACUACAAGUACAGACCCAGGCGCAAGCCCAAAAAUCUGCUCAAGAAGGACAGGUACGUUUUCCCUUUGCCUUACCUCGGGGACACCGACCACUUGAAGGGACUCCCCAUGUCGGCCGCGGACUCUCUGUUGAGCCACUCCGAGAAAGCCCGAGCGUUUCUGCCGCCGACGAGCGCCCCGUACUCUUUCCUCGACCCGAGCCAGUUCAGCUCCAGCGCCAUCCAGAAGAUGACGGAGAUGCCGCACGCGCUGAGCACCAGCACUUUGCCCUACGCGUCCUCUUUGGGAUAUCAGAACGGUGCGUUCGGCACCCUUGGGUGCCCCAGUCAGCACACCCACACCCACCCGUCGCCCACAAACCCGGGCUACGUCGUCCCGUGUAACUGCUCGGCCUGGUCCACGUCAAGUUUACAGCCCCCGGUGGCCUACAUACUUUUUCCAGGUAUGACCAAGACUGGGAUAGACCCUUACUCAUCCACACACGCCACUGCCAUGUAACCCUCAAAGACUCUUUUUUCUUUUCUUUUUUUUUAAUUCACUUGAAUACUGAAAUGCAUGUAAAUAUAAUAUGGACAGCGCGCCCAUUGAGAAGGCAUGAACAUUAUUAGCUGCCUUGGACUUGUUAUGGCAAAAAAAGAGAGAGAGAAAAAGAAACUUUUCCAGAAAUCCAACAAGUUCCUGAGUCGUGCAGAGGAGCUGGGAUUUGGUGUAAAGGACGGUGCCCUGUGAACUGUAAGAAAUGUAAAUGUUAUAACGUUUAUGGCAGCCCGAAAAAGGAGGCCUUUAACUUUAUUUAUUGUGUACAUUUCAAUGCUGAUAUGCUGAUUUGUGUUGAUUAUCGAUAGGGAACUCUUUUUAUUUUUGACAAUUUGGCUUGCACAAUUAGCAUUCUUAUUUCCUGUAUAGGCCUAAGUAGUUUACAUUUUUGGCACUCGUAAUUUUAUGAAAAAUCUCAAUCUAAAUCAGAACCUAUAGGCUGGACUAUAUACGGGUCAUAUUGUUUAUAUUGAUCAAAACCUGGCACAUAAAACUAGACGGUCUAUUUAAGAUGACAAAGAGAAGAAAAAAAAACCCAUUUACGUUCAAAUGUUUUAUUUUGCUUUUUUUCCCUGUGGUUCAGUGCUAAUAUAGUCACACGCGUUUUGUUUUGUUUUCGUUUUUAAGGAUAACUUCUAUUUGAAUUCAAGGAGUUAUAUAUGUGUAUUAUCAUCCAAGAUGGUAAUUUAAAACCUGUCAUGUUAUGGAAAGGAUAAUGUAUCUUGAAGGUUGAUACCUCCUGCUCUUUGUUCAAUUGCUGAGCAAAGGCAUUUCGAAUAAAGACAAUCUGUCUUCAACGCUAUCAA